CUGGGCAUGGCCUUAAACUGGCCGAGGCGUGUCUGCAGACCUGCUGCAGGUUAUUAUUGCUAAACCAGGUCAGUUGACUUUAACUCGCAGCAAUGGCUCUCUACAAGGUGGUUUGUGUGGCUGCUCUGCUGACUCUGCUGACCCAAGAUUCGGCUUCACAGCUGUCAGACUGUGGUCGGCCACAGCUGAACACCAGGAUUGUUGGAGGACAGGCAGCUCCUGCUGGCAGCUGGCCCUGGCAGGUCAGUCUGCACAGAUCGUCUCACUUCUGUGGAGGAUCCCUGAUUAACAACCAAUGGGUUCUGACUGCGGCUCACUGCGUCCCAACUGGAAAUCCAACCGGUAUCACAGUCUAUCUGGGCCGUCAGAGUCAGCAGGGAUCCAAUCCUAAUGAAGUCAGACGGACAGUAGCGACGAUCAUUGUUCAUCCAGACUACAACGAUCAGACCAACAACAAUGACGUUGCUCUAAUGAGGCUCUCCUCAGCCGUUACUUUCACCAGCUACAUCUCACCCAUCUGCCUGGCGGCCUCUGACAGCACCUUCUACAGCGGCACGGACUCCUGGGUCACCGGCUGGGGGAACGUUGGAUCUGAUGACCCUCUUCCUUUUCCUCAAAACCUGAUGGAGGUGGAGGUGCCAGUCAUUGGAAACAGGCGGUGUAAAUGUAGCAACUAUGAAGUGAGCACCAUCAAUGACAACAUGAUCUGUGCAGGACUCCUGGAAGGUGGAAAGGACUCGUGUCAGGGGGACUCAGGGGGGCCAAUGGUGAGCAAACAAAAUGGCCGCUGGAUUCAGUCCGGAAUUGUGAGUUUUGGUUUUGGCUGUGCUCUGCCGGAUUACCCGGGAGUCUAUGCAAGAGUCUCCCAGUAUGAAGCCUGGAUCAAAGCCCAAAUCAGCAGCAACCAGCCGGGAUUCGUCACUUUCACGUCUCCUGGCACGGACAGUGACCUCAGCAUCUCCUGCAGCGGUGUGCCACCAGUCACGACCCCCGAACCACCCUUGUAUUGUGGCCGGGCCCCAUUGAAUUCUGGGUUGGAUGGCAGUUCUGUGGCGACAGCUGGUCAGUGGCCCUUCAUGGCAAGCCUGCUAAAGAAUGGACAGCAUGUGUGUGGAGGAACCCUGGUGUCGAUGGACUAUGUUCUGAGCAGUGCUGACUGCUUCUCAAGUCCACUCAACGUGUCUGAGUGGAUGGUGGUGUUGGGUCGCCUGAGGCAGAAUGGAUCCAAUCCUUUUGAGAUGUCUCUGAAUGUGUCAGAGGUCUCUCUGAGCAACCUGUCAGAUCCCAACGUCGCAUUGCUUCGACUAUCCACCCAACCAACCCUAAGCAGCUACAUCCAGCCCAUCUGCCUGGACAACGGCAGAAGCUUCCCAGUCGGAUCUACAUGCUGGGCAACUGGGUGGAGCUCUGGGAGAGGAGGAGAGGAAGAAGUUCUGCAGGUGUUUAAAGCUCAGGUCCAGAGCUGUGGUAACAGGACCUCAAAUGAGAGCAUUUGUACGGAGCAGUUUCCUCUGCAGCAGGGUGACUCUGGAGGUCCACUCAUGUGUGAACAGGACGGUGCUUGGUUCCAGGCAGCAGUGGUGCUUCCAGCCAACGCCUCCGCCGUCCUAAAUCGAGAGGAUUCUGUGAUGCUCUUCAACAAACUCAGUCGAUAUCAGAAUUUCCUGACUGAGAAACUUGGGACGUUUUUAUCCCCAGAGCCCAGCGCUAACAGUACAUCAUCCAGCGGAAGCUCUCAGGCUCAUUUCUCCUUGUGUUUCCAUCUCCUCAACUUUGUCAUAUUUCUGCCUCUCUUUUCAGGGCAGCACAUCCUCCCCGACCCGGAGAAGGCACUGCACCCAUUUCUGGCUCAAGACCAUGACAGGAGCUUCAGCGAUGUCCUGGAAUCCAUCGAUGAAAAGCUAACUAGCCUAGACGCUCGCCUCGCCUUGCUGGAAUACAGCCAAGCGCAGCUAGCCUCCGUUACCGCUGAGAACGAAGCGCUGAAGGGGAAGGUCACCGAACUCACUGAGGGGAUGAUCCAGCUGUCCGGCGAAAAUAAGAAGAUUAAGGAAUCCAUUCUGGACUUUCAGUCGCGGAGCAUGAGAGACAAUCUUGUCUUCGCAGGAAUUGAUGAGCGGCAGGAGGAGGAUCCCGAGGCGACAAUCCGUGAGUUCCUCCAGCAGAAGCUAAAAAUCCCGGCGAAUCAGGUAAAAAACAUCACCUGCCAUCGCGUUAACCGGCUCGGAGAGUCUAAAUCUCAGCUCUCUGACUGUGGUCGGCCACAGCUGAACACCAGGAUCGUUGGAGGACAGGCAGCUCCUGCUGGCAGCUGGCCCUGGCAGGUCAGUCUGCACAAAUCAUCUCACUUCUGUGGAGGAUCCCUGAUUAACAACGAAUGGGUUCUGACUGCGGCUCACUGCGUCUCAAAUGGAAAUCCAUCCGGGAUCACGGUCUAUCUGGGCCGUCAGAGUCAGCAGGGGUCCAAUCCCAAUGAAGAGAGACGGACAGUAACGCAGAUCAUUGUUCAUCCAGGCUUCAGCUUUUCCACACUUGACAACGACAUUGCCCUAAUGAAGCUCUCCUCAUCUGUAACCUUUAACUCCUACAUCUCACCUGUCUGCCUGGCUGCUUCCGACAGCAGCUUCUACAGUGGAGUCAACUCAUGGGUCACCGGCUGGGGCAACAUCGGGUCCAGUGCACCUCUGCCUUUUCCACAAAACCUGAUGGAGGUGGAGGUACCAGUUGUGGGAAACAGGGGAUGUAAAUGUAGCUAUGGAGCUAGCACCAUCACCAGCAAUAUGAUAUGUGCUGGCUUAACUGUGGGAGGAAAGGAUGCCUGCCAGGGAGACUCUGGAGGUCCAAUGGUGAGCAAGCAGAGAGACCGCUGGAUUCAAGCAGGAAUUGUUAGUUUUGGACAAGGUUGUGCAUUGCCAGAUUUCCCUGGAGUCUAUUCUAGAGUUUCCCAGUAUCAGACCUGGAUCAACGAUCAUAUAACUACCAACCGUCCAGGCUUUAUUACCUACACACCCGAUGAAACUACAACUGACCCUGACCUCAGCGUCUCCUGUGCAGAUGUACCCCCAAUUAUAUUACCAACCACUACCACCACAACUACCACCACUACUACCACUACUACUACUGCUACCACAACUACUACUACAAGCAUUAUGAAACCAAAACCUACAACUGGCUCAGUAGCAACAAAUCUAAACACAACCAAUGUGACCAAGCCAACAACCAAACCUAUAACCACCACAGCAACAUCCAGUACAAAGACCACCACCACCUCUCCACAGCCCACCAUCCCCAGGCCUCUAGUUUGUGGGCGAGCUCCACUAAACACCCGUAUUGUAGAUGGAAGCCCGCUGGUGACUGAGGGUAAGUGGCCGUGGAUGGCGAGCUUGCAGCAUUUAGGGAAGCAUGUGUGUGGAGGGACGCUGGUGUCAGAGGACGCCGUUCUGACCAACGCCAAAUGCGUUUCAAGCUCCCUCAAUGGGUCUGAGUAUACCGUUGUGUUGGGUCGUCUGAAGCAGAACGGAUCAAACCCUAAUGAGCAGACUUUCAAUGUGGCCAACAUCACUUUGAGCAAUCUAACAGGUUCCAACAUUGCAUUGCUUCAGCUGUCCACCAAACCCAUCCUAAACAAUUAUGUUCAGCCCAUCUGCCUGGAAAAUGGCAGAAGCUUCUCAGCUGGAUCUACAUGCUGGGCCACAGGCUGGAGUUCUGGGAAUGGAGGAGAAGAGCAAGUUCUUCUGGAGUUCAAGACCACUGUUGUUGAAUGUGAGAAUAUAUCAUCUGCUGACAGCAUAUGUACCCAGGUGUUUACAUUGGAACAGGGUGACUCCGGCGGCCCACUCAUGUGUAAACAGGAUGGAUCUUGGUUCCAGGUCGUCGUUCUGUUUUUUGUUGGCAUCUCUACCAGACCAAGAAGACAAACUCCUCUGAUGGUCUUUGAAAAUCUGAAUCGCUUUGAGGACUUCCUGCUUCAGUCUCUGGGGACAUUUCUGAGUCCGACCAUUCGAGAGAACAGCACCGUCACCAACGGCACUGUCGACUCCACAACUGCAACCAUCAUGACGACCAGUGGAGGGACUCAGACCCACAUGUCCUCUGUCUUCUGCCUGUCUCUACUUGUGGUGUUUUUUCUCCAAGUCUUUCUGUAGAAAUGUCCAACUCCACCUGUUACCCGUUGCAUCGGAAAAAUGACUGUAAGCUGUUGUUCAAGGAAGAAUCUGCCUGAUUUGGACCAAUUUCUAAACCUGCUAAGGAAUCUUUGAACCUUCUGGUUUCUAUCCUCAGUAAGAGUCAUGGUAAUGCUUUCUUUAUUGGGGACCAGUGAAGGACCUGUUUACCUUGCAGCUUUAGAGGUCCCACAACACUUAUGUUUCCUACAUCUUUGGACUAAAGAGACGAAUCAAGCCGCCUUUGGUGAAACAACUUUUUUCUGUGGUUCUGAGACGUCCAAACUUACGUUUCUGUCCCUCAUUGAUUGGUGUGUUGGUUUUGAUGAUGGUGUGGUUGGUCUCUGUCUCCUUUAUGCUUUGAUUAAAAUCUGAACCCAGAAUCUGUUUAAUAAAAAUCUACUGAGGAACAAUGA